AGUGGGUACAGAAGUUUUAUUGCACAAAAAAGACAUGAGAAUAACCAGGACAUGGGGGAUAAUGUGCAAUUUCCAGAACUGGUUAUUUCUCCAGCAGUGAAGGAGGAUGAUGAAGAAGAAGUGGUCGACACCGUUCUAUCCUUUGGGAAUCCUCAGUUUUGUUCCUUUAAAAGCAUGUCAAAGAAGGAAAUGUACAACAUUACAGUAAAGGCCAUUCAUCAGGACUCUUUUAGAAAACAGAAGGCUUCGAAGUGGCCAGAUUUGUUGAGGCCAGACUUCCUGAUAAGAGACAGGUGGAGGGCCCUAUAUAAGCCUCCUGUAGAGAAGCGCUCCGGCGAUCUACAGUGGAGGAUUAUUUAUGGGGCGAUAGCAACAGACGGACAUGUGGCACACCUGAACACAGCGGUAAAGGGGGAAUGUCGAUUCUGUGGGAAAAAAGAGGAUUUGGAGCAUUUGUUUUUAAAGUGUGAGAGAUUAAAAGGCGGCAGGAUGUCCACCACUCGUCCUCCCGACCCGUCGUCUCACUCAGCUGAUCUCGGAGCUCAGUACAUCACGGCUACGCCGGCCUACGCUCAGUCACACCACAGUUUCUACUCGGAGCUGCUGUCCUCCGGCGUCCUGCGGCCUCUCGACUCUCCGGUUGAAGGACUGAAGCAGAUGGACGGCAGCAAGAACUACGUGACGCCACUGGGCAUGUGCAGCGUGGUCAAACACUUCCUGUCUCAGUCAGGAGCUGAUUUGUUCCUCGAGCGUCAUGUGACCGGCCUGUACCGCCGCGGUGCAUCAUGGGAGGUGCAGAGGAAGGCGGGGGGCAGCGAGACGUUUGACGCCGUCGUCCUGACGAUGCCGGUCCCUCAGAUCCUGCAGCUGCAGGGAGACGUGGGACAGCCAGGACUCCACAUUCCUGAGGCUUUUACGAGGCGAGACGAUGACGGCUUCCUCCUCUUGCAGAGACCAAAUCUCACUCUCUCACUCUCACUCUCAC